AAUAACAUAAUAGACUUGCAGCAAACAGACGCCAUUUAUAUGUCAAAAUUUUUCAACAUGGUUGAAAAUAAACAACCAAAUCCGUUGACGACAAGGAAUUUUUCUGAAGUUAAAAUUUCUUUGGAAAAUAUUAUAAUACCAGAGGAAAAAUUAUUAACAACACCCUCCGGUAUCGAUGGUUUAGACGACGAAAUCGAACUUCAACUAAGAGUUUUGGGAUGCGAAUUGAUUCAGACUUCUGGAAUUCUUUUAAAAUUACCCCAAGUGGCGAUGGCUACUGGUCAAAUACUUUAUCAAAGAUUCUACUAUUCGAAAUCAUUUGUAAAACAUAAUUUUGAGAUUGUGGCCAUGGCUUGUAUAAAUCUCGCCUCCAAAAUUGAAGAAGAUCCACGGAAAAUUCGAGAUGUAAUCAAUGUUUUUCAUCAUUUACAGCAGAUUCGAAAGCAAAAAUCACCAAUACCAAUGAUCCUUGAUCAAUCUUAUGUCCAUUUAAAGAAUUUGGUUAUAAAGACAGAAAGACGAUUGUUAAUUGAGCUUGGGUUUUGUGUUCACGUUCAACAUCCUCAUAAGAUAAUUAUGGCAUAUCUUAAAGCACUCCGCCAGAGUAAUACAAAUUCAUCAGAACGUGAUAGUUCAUUAGCCCAAUUAGCAUGGAACUACAUGAACGAUAGCUUAAGGACGAACCUAUGGGUACGAUAUAGACCGGAAAGUAUUGCUUGCGCAUGCAUUUUCCUUGCCAGCCGAAAGAUGCAAGUUCCUCUUCCUAAUAGACCACCUUGGUACAGAGUUUUCAAUGCAACAGACGCAGAAGUUGAAGAUAUCUCUUUAACUAUCCUCAAAUUAUAUGCUCUAAACAGAUUAAGUGUAGAUACUCUUGAAGAAAGAGUAAACGUUAUAAAAAGUGCCAUUGCCGAAGCUAAGAAAAACGCUAAAGCAACGAAAUUGUUGACCGAUACACCUGAAAAUAAAAACACACCGCCGGUCGGUAUAAAAUCUACUGCUACUACUGAAAAGAAUAAAAUACCAAUCCAAAAUGGCAACCACAUCAUUGAUAAGAGUAAUACUGAAAAUUAUUCACUUAGGGAUGGUGAAAAAGAGAGAUUGAAAUAUACAGAGGAUAAUAGAAAAUUGCGUAAACGGUCUUACGAAUCCCGAAGCAGAUCUAAUUCCUCGUAUUCUGGAAGACAAAAGUCUCCUAAGCGUCGAAAGAUUGAUCAACAAAAGCAUAAUCGAAGACGUCGUUCAAAUUCUCGAUCAUCAGGAUCAAUUUAUCACCGACCAAGAAGUCAUCAUCGUCAUCAUCGCAACAGGGGUAAGCGACAUGGAGCUCACUCUUCUUCCAGUAUUAAAAAAUAUCGAAACCAACACAAAAGACAUUGA